ACCUGAAUAAACUUACUCACACAGCUCCGGGAAGCAGUGCUCAAUACGGGGUCCACUGCAAUAGCCCUAUAAACCCCCAACAAGAUGAUUGAGUCUUGUUCCAAGAAGCGAAUGGUUAUAGCCAUUGCCUGUCUUAUUGGUUUAUCCGUACUUGUGCUAAUUGUGGAGAACGAACUAGCCCCCAAUGACACUCGACCUCAUACCCACACAACUCCACACCCAAAUGUGACGCAGCGGGAGUUUUGUUGGAUUGUAGAAAAAAUGGAAGAAUUGGAAGAAUGUCAACCUUGCACUGACCUUGAAAUCAAAAGUGGCAGUCCAGCAGUGUGUACGUCUGCUAGCUAUCGCCAGAAAGUUAAAUGCAUGAAAACUGGAGAAGUCUUUCGAAAGUGUGACCGUGUGAUGUGGCUUGAAGAGCGACACUUCUGGACAUUUGAAGCUGUGGUGGGUGUAGUAGGCUUCGUAGCUGGGCUUGCAACAAUGGCACGACAAAAAAUCCUCGACCAUCGUGUUGUGCAGAGAAUACAACGGCAGGUAGCUGCAGGUGUUUGAUUAUUUAUUUAGAUGAUAGAUAGGAUGAUUUUUGUAAAUAAAUCUCAAAAAUAUUUUGGCUUACCCAUAUUUUAUUUAUAUCUGCACAGCUAAUAGUACAGUAGUGAAAAAAUGCUAAUGAGUACUAAUAUACAGGUUUACACAUAAGUAAAUCAACCAAGUAGUAAUUAGGUUUACUUAAACAUUAAAAUUUAAUUUUGUAUUGGGCUGGAACAAAGGAUUAAUCAAAUAGAAAAUGCAAAUGCUAAAUAAUCGACGUGGGUUUAGCUUGCUUUGUGAAGAUGAUAAUGAGAGUCAUAAAGAGAAUGUAGAAAUUCUAGGCACCAUAAUAUUUUUUAAUUUUUUUAUUUUUUUACAUAAGCUAACAUUUUAUUAAACUAAACUGUAUUACACCAUGGUUAACUUUUUAAAGACAGCCCAACUUAAAAAAAAAAUGAAUAUCAGUUGUGUAAAUACGUAACUUGCUAUGCAUUUCUUCAGUUCUGUAACUGUUCUCUUCCAAAUUUUGUAUGGUAUGCAGCACCUUAAUCAACUUUUGUCUUCUUCAUUCUGUGCAAAACUUUUGCUGCCUUUCUCUGUAAUGAUGAAUCAUUUUUAAUACCUGAUUGUCAUUUUGUUUAAGUUUUGAUGCUUGGUGUUUUAAAGCUCAUUUGUAACAAAACGUGGUAUGCUGUAAACUAUGGAAACUUUGAUAUGAAAUGAGUGAUUUAAUAUUUUUUUCUAAUUACCUCAUAGCAAGUUCCUUGAUAAUGAAGCAAUUGCACUUUCUGUGACAGCUUUUAAGAGUUGAACAAAAUGACAGAAUAUAUAUGAUAAAGGAAGUGGAUGUCUUCACACUGUAUGAAAUUGAGAAAUGGUGCAUUGAAUAUAAGAAUUAAGUGAGUGAUAAGUCAACACUAAAUAUUACAAAAAACACUAGUUGUCCUUCCACUAGUGCAGUAAUAUAAAAGUUUGGGAUACUUAAUACACACAAAACAAUUUAUCAUUUUUACUAGCAUAUAAACACAAUCUUUGGUCUAGAGGUAUUAUAUAAUAAAUAAUCUUUAAUAUAUUAACAUCUAAUAAAAACCUAUUAUCUCUGGUACAUAUAUAUAUACAUGUUACAAUAAUAAAUUAUAAUUACUUUGUACAGAUAUAUACGUACAUAUAAAUCCUAAAAUAAUAAAUUAUAAUUAGUUUACGACCCUACCACACACAGGGGUACAACUCUUGACACUACUGUGUCACACUCAGUCACUAAUUACAUGGAGUUAUACUACACUCCUGUCUCAUGACACCCUUAUCUGUUAUGACGCUCUUUCUCUGUGUCACACGACACCCUUGUCCGUGUUGUGAUGCUCCUUCUCUCCAUGACACUAUUGUCAGUGUUACACUACAACAGCGUCAGCUCUGCGUCACACACACGUGUCUACUGUGUCACACUUGACACCCUUGUCUCUGUGUCACACACUCGGCUAUCACCCGCAUAGCGUCUUUCUUCUCAGAGGCCAGCAAUCUGUCACAUGACACUAUUCGUCAGUGUCACACUACGAUCCUGUCUCCUUCAGUGUCACAUGACACCCUCGUCUCUCAGUGUUCCACUAUGAUCCUAUUAUCGUACUUCAGUGUUACACUCUGUCAUACUUCCUUCAGUGUCACACUACGGUCCCAGCCUUUUUCAGUGUCACACUCCGACCCUAUCUUCAUUCAGUGCCACACUACAACAGCGUCAGCAUGACUUGGCCCACAGUUGACUAGAGUCGGUGGUGAGUCCGUAGACAUCACCUACAAUUGUACUCCUUGAGGUAGUCUUGUAAAUACUCUCUAAGGCCAGUAGAUGUACACCGUAAGGUGGUCUGGUGAGUACUGUCUACUGCCUCUAAGACCAGUUGAUAUACACCGUAAGGUGGUCUGGUGAAUACUGCUUCUAAGGUCGGCUCAGCAGUCCCCACAUUGGGUCUGAUGACGUACCCAGUGGUACUGCCGGCCAGCAGGUUAACAAUCUAACCACUAGUUUGGCAGGGGGCCGUCACACUAAAAAAUCAUAAUUUUUUAAAAAUAUUCUCCAGCUGACCCACCCUAAUGUGCUUGCUUUGUCUGCCCUCCUCUCUGAUGGCUCCAAAUUUGCUGCAAUCACACUCUGGCUUCUUAACUAAUGUUAAUUGGCUUUAUCAGCUGCAGUACUCUAUUCCUGUCUCAACACUUACACCUCUCACAUAACCUCUCCAUUCUAUCUCUUUCACUUCUGUGCAGCACUGUAUGACCUGUACAGGUUUAAUUCUAUUUUUGAAUAUAAUAAUCACACUGAUCACCAUGUCUAGUGGCUUUGAAAAGUGACGAAAGCUUAUAUCAUAUUCUUACAUGUUUUUCAGUUAUACAUUAAAACUGAGCAUAAUAUUGUUUCCUCAGCUUUGGCUGCCAUUUAUUUCUGGGAGAAAUGUCCUGUUCUCAGUUCUGCUGAUGAUUUGAUAGUUUUAUGAAUGCAUCCAAUUUUCUUGUCUCUAUACAGAUAACUUUGCAUUUUUCCUUGGAAGAAUAAUUGAUGUCUUUGUAAGACAACUCAUAUUUUGAUCAUUCCACAUUGAUAUGUCCUGUACUGAGUACUAAAAGUUUAAACCCCUAAUUUCAUGUAUGUUUAGUAACUUUUUUUAGUUUAAGCACAGUUUUUAAUUUUUUUUAGUUGUGUAUUGCACCUGGUGUAUUAAACAUUUAUUGUAAUUUAUUUAUUGAUCAACCUAGUCAUAUAAAUGGCUGGUUUAAAGUUAAUCAACAUUAUCAAUACACAUAUAUGUACUUUAAAAAGGGAGGGUUUGUAUAUAUUUUCAUUAUUUUAAACAUGUAUGUGUAUUUUCCAGCACCUAGUAAUCAUUCUGGAUGUAUACAGAAAUCAUAUUGAGUUUGGAUCCUGUGUUGUGUUACAAUAAUAAUAUAGCCAUAUACAUUAGUAGCAAUAACAGUUAGUGAUAUCGUAAUACCCUUCAGCAUCAUAAUUUUUACUCCAAAUGUAUAGUAGUACAGUAUAUCAUGGAUUAUCCAUUCCUCACUAGGACGAGGGUACACAGGAUUAUACCAUUGAUUAUCUGGCCCAUUCAGGGAUGAGGGUGAAUUAUUUUAUAGAUGAACAAGUUCUAAACCCCUAAGAGUGGAAAUGAGGCUUGAUCUAAAGGUGAGGGUAGCCUCACUUAAUAGGAUCAAGAGCCAUUUGCCAACAUCAAGCACACCUUCAAGGGUGUAAUUAUACAGUAUUGAAGAAAAUCAUAAUACCUAGAGUGCAGUCAACCUUGCUGCUGUGUUGUAGUAUGUUCAUCAAGGUAUCACUGUUGAGCUGUAGUAAUGUUCAUCAAGGUACCACUUGAGCUGUAAUAUGUUCAUUAAGGUACCACUGUUGAGCUGUAGUAUGUUCAAGGUACUACUGUUGUUCUGUAGUAUGUUCAUCAAGGUACCACUGUUGAGCUGUAGUGUGUUAAAGGUACCACUGCAAGAAAACAGUUCCUCAUACAGUUUUCUUUUCGUAUAAUACCUUGUGUGAUUGAGUAAUUAGUCAUUGUAGUGGCUCCCCAAAAAUGUUAAUUAAAGCACUGCUGCAUUAUCCUUCAGUAAACUAAGAAAAUGUUAGGUUUGUAAAACACUUGUAGUUUAAUAUAUAGUACAACAUGUUGAUGAUAUCCUAUAAACCAGUGUUUCUCAAACAGUGAGCCAUGGCCCCCCCUGGGAAUCAUGAGCAGGGCAAGCCAGUAAAUCAUUGAUAGAACUGAUUGAUGGGAGGAGUGGCUGGUAAUACCAAUUCUAGUUGAAAGACAGAUUUUUUUCAGUGAUUGGUAACAAUUCCAUAACCAAAUCAAAUGACAUAGCAAAUUUUGUUCCACACUUCUGAGGUCUGCUAUAAAGGAGUGCAUUAUAUCGAGGAUUUACUGUACAACUAGUCGGUGCUGUUAAUGUAAUAACAUGACUAGUAGCUGGUCUGGCUGAGAAACACUGCUCUAUAUUGUAUUUGAUACAUUGAACUGACUGUUGUAUGGUUAUUUGAAGAUUUUAUUUUAAUAUUCAUGUUACUAUAUAGCAUAAACAUUUAAGAAAUGGCUGUAUUUACAUCUUUUCACGUACAUUUUUUUAAUCUGAAUAACGUGUAUAGAAUGUAGUGUCAUAUUUAAAAAUCAGGUUCAUAAUAAUUUCUGAAAACUCUAGUGCCAAUUAGCUGUAAUAGCCAACUUGAUGAAUAAGGUCAAUUAAUUUUUUUGUAAUCAGUGCAUAACAAAGCAAAUAACUGCAGGGAAAUUGUAAAUUUGUUACAUUCAUAGUAAAAGUAAAAUCCUG